AUGAUAGGCCCGCCCACCAUGACAGGCCCGCCCCCCAGACCGCCGGCCAUGACAGGCCCGCCUCCAGGAAAGGCCCGCCCCCCAGACCGGCCCGCCAUGACGGGCACGCCCCCCAGACCGGCCCGCCCAGAAGGGCUCGCCUACCGGAAAGGCCCACCCGGGGAAACCGCGGUCCCGCCGCCGCCCCCAGGCACCCCUGGCAGCGCCGCCGCCGCCGCUUCCGCUGGUGGAGAAGGCCGCAGCCUCCGUGGCGGGCCUGGAGAAGGCCGCGGCCUCCUCCGCCAGGCCCGCCGCGCCCGCAGCGAACGGCCCAGCGCCGCUUCGCCCGCGACGACUGAAAAAAACCGCGGACGCCGCGGACGCCAGGCCGGCCGACGCUCGGGCCUCCUUCCGGGGCGGACGCGGGGCCGCCUGCCGCACGCGAAGCCCCGCCGACGCUCGGGCCGACUUCCGGGGGGGCGGAGGCCAGGCCUGCGGCCUCACGCGAAGCCCCGCCGACGCUCGGGCCGACUUCCGGGGCGGACGCCAGGCCGGCGGCCGCACGCGAAGCCCCGCCAACGCUCGGGCCGACUUCCGGGGCGGACGCGGGGCCGCCUGCCGCACGGGAAGCCCCGCCGACGCUGGGCCCACUUCCGGGGGGGCGGAGGCCAGGCCUGCCGCACGCGAAGCCCCGCCGACGCUCCCGACGCUCGGGCCGACUUCCGGGGGCCCGGGAAAGCCGCGCGCCUCGUGCAGGGAGGCCCGCCGCCGAUCGAGGAAAGCAUGGGGAACUGCGCCUCCGCGGCUUCGGCCGAGGAAGAGAGGGGAGAACGGCGCGAACUCCACUCCCGGGACCCCGACUCCGCUCCCACCACACCCGGAGAGGACGGCCGCCGCUGGGUGCGGGUCCAGAUCGAGCCGCCGCCGAGGACGGGCCCGGGGAACCUCGCCGCCGACUCGGCGCCGCCGCCCACGGGACAGGAUAGCAGGUACGGGAGCGCGCCCUGCACCCCCAACCCCACCCCAAAAGCCACGCCGGGUCCCCCUCGACCUGGCCCACCGCGACCCCCGGGGCCUGCCCUCACCCCGGCCCCUCCUCCACCCCCGGGGCCUGCCCUCACCCCGGCCCCUCCUCCACCCCCGGGGCCUGCCCUCACCCGGGCCCCUCCUCCACCCCCGGGGCCUGCCCUCACCCGGGCCCCUCCUCCACCCCCGGGGCCUGCCCUCACCCGGGCCCCUCCUCCACCCCCGGGGCCUGCCCUCACCCCGGCCCCUCCUCCACCCCCGGGGCCUGCCCUCACCCGGGCCCCUCCUCCACCCCUGGGGCCUGCCCUCACCCGGGCCCCUCCUCCACCCCCGGGGCCUGCCCUCACCCCGGCCCCUCCUCCACCCCCGGGGCCUGCCCUCACCCCGGCCCGUCCUCCACCCCCGGGGCCUGCCCUCACCCCGGCCCCUCCUCCACCCCCGGGGCCUGCCCUCGCCCCGGCCCCUCCUCGACCCCUGACCCCGGACCGCACACACCCAGGCAGGGCUGCGGCCUGCCUGGCUCAUCCCGGCCCCUCCUUGAACCCUGGCCCCUACUCGCACAGAUCCAGGCCCCGCGGUGGCCAGCCCGGCACGGAGGGGGGAGCCCGCUGCCCCUUGGGCCGGGCCGGCCUGGAGAGCGGCGCGGGCCGGGCCGGACGUCAGCGGGUAGUGGAGAUGGCGAUCCUCCGUCGCCCAUCCUCUGGAGAGGUCAGCCCGAAGCAUGUUCGGCUGAUCUUCCAUGAAGGGGGAAGCCCGGACAGCACGGACGGGAGAGCGGUGCGAGACAGGAAGGACGGGAGCAGCCCUUCUUCGGCCGGCCCCCCUUCCACCCUGCCCGCACAGACCCCGGCCCCACCUCGACCCCUGCCCCCACAGAUCCUGGCCCCGCUGCGGCCAGCCCGGCACGGAGGGAGAAGCGCAGGGCGUCUUCGGCCGGCCACGCCUGGAGGGACAAGUCGACGGCGCUUUGGCCGGCACGACCGGGACGGCUGUGACGCAGAGGAAGGACGUGAGCGGCUAGAGGAGACAGUGAGCGGCCGCCGCUGGAGACAUGACCGGCCCCAACUGCCGAGACGCGGGCACCCCCGCCCCCUGCCCGCACCAACCCCGGCCACCACCCGAAAACCCUCGAGCGAUGCCUGGCGAGGACCCUCGCACGAACACAUAACGCCCACCCACCACGAGCACCUCCUUCUGCACAAUAAAACUGAAGUGAACGAAAGCUCGUGUCUCAAUGCGACAGUGUUUCCUAUCGACGCUGGGGAUCUGCGAUGA